CAGAUUUGAUUCAGACCAAAAAAAAAGCACCUAAUGCCGUAAAGACUCCAUAACAACACAGGCUGAACUUAGUCUCCCACCAAUCAACAUGUAUCACUUCAGCAUACUCCCUUUGCCAACUGUACUACUUUUGGAAAUAGACUCAACCCUAUCUAAAUUAUUAAAUGUUUUGUGACUUUCGUAACUGAACAAAGUUAAGCAAAGUGCUUAGAUGGCUUUUUCCCUAUUGUGGCACCAUGGCUCCACUUAUCAUAACAAUCGUGAUGUCUUCAUUUCAGCGCCUCGGGAUGAGAAUCUCAUUUGAUUCCCCCCCAAGGACUUUGUGUGGUUUUGUCCCGCACGUCAUGAUGAACAUUUUGCAUGGUUUUCGACAAGACCAAUAGACUAGCGUUUCUCCUUUCGAUCUUUCAUUUUUGUUUGUCUUCUUUUACACGUGCCUGGUCUGUCUCCGACUCUUGUCUUAACGUGCGUGUUGAUAGCGUGGAAACCUCCAAAGUGAUGUCCAACCCAACCAAAGCAGGAAAUCAUGUGAAGUCAAGUAAAAACCUUGGCGAACUUACAGGCGAUGUUUAAAUUCACAUUUUCAUGCCCCCCCAACCCCCAUUGCCGUACGAGUGCAACAAGUUGACACUCACUGUAUAAUAAAUUACAGGACUCUUAUAAUAAAGUCAAACUCCUCCCCCUUGUCGACGCCUGACGCAAUACAGAUGCAGCAAGAAAGCGCUGGCAAAGCAAUACUGACACCCAGUGGCCUUUUGUAGGUACUGACAUCAAGUUAAUGAGGGUUAUACGGUGUUUUUUAAUCAUAAAAUGUCAAAAAAUGUACUCCGUUUUUGUUAAGAGUCGUUCUACAACAUUUUACGCCACCAACCUUCUCAUUAAAAUGAAUUUAAGAGCAAAAAUCGUAGCUUCCAGUUCAGUUAUUCAUGCGCGGGUUACACAUUUAAUUUACAUAUUUAAAAAACCUUUGUCCUUAUAAUUUAACUGCGUGAUUCUCAAACCUUUUACACCAAGUACCACAGAAAUACAGUCAUAAUAAUAAUGUGGCUCUCCUAGUAUCAUCAUAAACGUUCAAAUAGAGUAGCCGAGCAGGAAAAAAAUGAAGUGGAAGAGGUAUAUUUAAGAUUCCUUUGAUUCCGUAAAAACUCAUUUCACAUAAAAGUUAAAUUACAAUUAGAGAAAAAAUACUUACUAAAGAUGCCAAUUUAUUUAAAUUAAGACACAUAAUCAACUGAAUUGCAGUUGUGCAUCACACACUGGGAAUCGCAGAUCUGACAACUCUUCACACCCUGUAACACUUUGAAACGUAUUCAAACACACGUUCAAUACACGUAAACGUCUAGUAUUGCAAACAUUUGUCCUGUUCAACAGAAAUAUGGCACAGCAUUACUGCGUACGAUUGCCGUACUGUGUGCGCAUAUUACUUUCAACGAGAUGUGUUGUUGGUCCCACUCCAUAAAAAAUAUUUGACAAACUAUGUAGCCUACCGUAGUUUUUGUGUUGGCAUCCCGCAAAAAGCCACACAACGUGAUAUCGCAUUCAUUAUAUGCUGGAUAAGAAUUGAGCUUGAACCUAAUGAUGAGACCCACAAUGAAAAUGACAUGCUACCUUUCGAUAUUCAUUGAAUUUAAGUCUCACAAGAGUUACGUAAUGCGACAUCGCGUAGGAUUCGAGGUUUUAUUUGUGGCAUUUUUCAAACUUGGUUUGACUUCGGAGGUUCACUUAUACCAAUAAUAAUAAGAUACAUUUAUUACUCGCCUACCUAUCUAUCUCAAGAGAUAUCGCUGGCUGUUCAAGCCUUAAAAGGGAAUCCUAAAAGAAAGUAAACCAUUUUCGAUGUUUUAAAUUGGUGAGCAAUUUGUAAAAAUAACAGACACACCUGUGCCGCCACACAUACACACAUGGACAGACAAACACAAAUGUUGGGAGCAUCAUUCUCAUGCAUAGGCUAUUGCCCUCUGAAUGCCCCUGCUGCUACCUGAGGAGUAGAGUAAAAACAUAAGAAUAUAUGUUUUUAAAACCGCUUUAUGGCCAUAAACUGAAGACAAAUGAAAAACCGAAAAUACGGCGCAAACUGAACUUGGCCUCUUGCAGCGUCUUCUCCGCCGAGUAAAGUAGUCCCUUUGCGCUGGUGGUGGCUUCAAACCUACACAUCUGUUGAUGUUUUUGCACAAACACGCCAGGUAAGGUCACGUGAUCCUCGGAGUCGUCGAGCCCCAAGAACCCUCGUGCAAGUCACCUUUCAGUUGGUCCUCCACUCCUAGAAGAUGAUCCACCUCUAACGCCCUCAUGAGAAUCACUCAGAGGUUCCGAGUAUUGCUCCUCCUGUCCACUUUACUCCUUGUCUUUCUCUACUCCAACAGUCGAAAGGAGGUGAACUCCAGCAUGAAAGAGCCUCCGAAGCGUGCUGGCGUGCGCCAAAUGGAGGUCCAAACCCCAGUCCACACCCCGGUCCAAACUCCGAUCCAAACCCCGGUCCAGCCCUCGGUCCAAACUCCAAUCCAAACCCCUGUUCACACCUCGGUCCAAAUCCGGUUCCAAACCAAAGUUCCAACCCUGCCAAGUGUCAACAUAUCUUCCACGUUCCGGACUUUGAUCCCGGAAAAUGGAGCAUAUUGGAAUCGACUUCUGCACUCCAGUCUGAAACAUGCAGACCAGGGUGAGAACCCAUUGAGUCGAGUUCCGCCUUGGCCUGACUGCCGGAACACCAAUCAAGAGCUGAUUGAGACCAACGUGCAGGAUGUAGACUCCUAUCCACUCCUGCUGCGAAACUUCCUCUGGGGGAUGAAGUGCCGUUCGCCUCCGUUCCUCAUGGACCAGCCCAACAAGUGCAAGGAUAACACCACAUUCCUGUUAUUUGCCAUCAAAUCCAUGCCGGCCCACUUUGAACGGCGGCAGGCGGUGCGUGACACCUGGGGACGGGAGCGCCUCUAUAACGGGGGACUACGUGUGAGGACAGCGUUUCUGCUGGGCACCGCUUCACCGGACGACCCAGAUCUCAGUGUGUUGGUCAGGUUUGAAGCAGAGCACUACGGCGACAUCCUGCAGGCCGACUUCCACGAUUCUCUCCUCAACCUGACCCUCAAGAUGAGCGCUUUUCUCCGUUGGACCCUGGAAAAGUGUCCGAGGGCCUCCUUUGUCUUCAGCGGGGAUGACGACGUCAUGGUCAACACUCCGGCCCUGCUGAGCUAUCUCAGCUCUCUCGACUCUUCCAAGGCCUCUCGAUUGUACGCCGGAGACGUGAUAAAGAUGGCGAGACCCCAACGGGACCCCAAGAACAAAUACUUCAUUCCCAUGAGCUUCUAUGAGGGGCCCUACCCGGCCUACGUGGGUGGUGGCGGCUUUGUAAUCUCCGGGGGCUUGCUGCGACCGCUUUAUUCCACCUGCGGAGCCAUUCCCUAUUUCCCCAUAGAUGAUGUCUACGUUGGCAUGUGCUUCAGUGCCCUGGGCAUCUUGCCCGAGGCCCACGCUGGGUUUUACACCUUCGACAUCCGAGACAGAGACCGUGGGAACCUGUGCGCCUACAAGAAGUUGAUUCUUGUCCACCGUCGGUCGCCCCGGCAGGUAAAGAAGAUCUGGCAGGGCAUUCACAGUCCGCUACUGACUUGUUGAGGGAAAAUCUGUAUGCUGGGGGGUUGAAGACUGACAAAGUGGCUUCAGAUCAUCACAUUUCCACCAACAGAACAAAUGUAGGAUCAUACCUUGUUAA